GGAUGACGUACUUCCUCUAAGUAUCGGCUACGGGGAAAACAACAUCGAAACGACCCCAGCCUCAAGCGAAAACACAAAAUACUCGCGUCUUACCGACUGUUACCACCUGCGACGUUUUCACUGCAAUACUUAACACCACCAACACAAAAUGCCCCAGAACGAGCACAUUGAGUUACAUCGCAAGCGGCAUGGCUACCGCUUGGACCACCAUGAAAAGAAAAGGAAGAAGGAGAGCCGUGAGGCCCAUGAGAGGUCCCACAAAGCCAGGAAGCUGAUUGGACUGAAGGCCAAACUGUACCACAAACAGAGACAUUCAGAGAAGAUCCAGAUGAAGAAGACCCUCAAAAUGCAUGAACAGAGAAAAACAAAGCAGAAGAACGAUGAUAAGACCCCAGAGGGAGCAGUGCCGGCAUACCUGCUGGACAGAGAGGGUCAGUCCCGUGCCAAGGUCCUCUCCAACAUGAUCAAACAGAAGAGGAAAGAGAAGGCUGGCAAAUGGGAGGUCCCCCUGCCAAAGGUGCGUGCCCAGGGAGAGACAGAAGUGCUGAAAGUCAUCAAAACUGGAAAGAGACAAAAGAAAGCCUGGAAGAGAAUGGUCACCAAAGUUUGCUUUGUCGGCGACGGCUUCACCCGUAAACCUCCCAAAUAUGAGCGUUUCAUCAGACCCAUGGGUUUGCGUUUUAAGAAAGCUCAUGUCACACAUCCAGAGCUGAAGGCCACCUUCUGCCUCCCCAUCCUCGGAGUGAAAAAGAACCCCUCCUCCCCCCUCUACACCUCUCUGGGAGUCAUCACAAAAGGAACAGUCGUGGAGGUCAAUGUCAGCGAGCUGGGCUUGGUUACGCAAGGAGGAAAGGUUAUCUGGGGUAAAUAUGCCCAGGUGACGAAUAACCCAGAGAACGACGGCUGCAUUAAUGCAGUCCUGCUAGUAUAAGACUCUUGACCUUUAUACAAACUAUGCCUGGUAACUCUGAAUUUACACGAGUGUUGAUAACAACAAACACACAGAGGCAACAAGCUUUGGGUUCACAUCACGGGACUGACGGGAAGAUCACUGAUGCUGCGCCUGGCAACACAACAAUUUUUGUAACAGAAGAAGAAAAUGGGUUGAUACUGUGUUAAAUGUGACAGAAAUAAACGUUAUGUGAUCAUCA